AUGCCUAUCUGCCCGCUCUGCUGUGUGUGGGGAGUCGGAGAUACUUCCUGUCUUUACUAUAGAGCGCUGCGUUAUUUGUAUUUUCUCUUGUAGUGUGAAUGUCUCUCAGAGAUGUAACUGCACAGAAGUGGCACAGGGCAGCGCAGCGAGCAGUCCGUACCCCGUAGAGACGGGGAUGUUGCAGGGGGUGAGCGGCGGGCACCAUGGAAGGGGAGAGCACCAGAGCGCUCAUGUCAGGGUUCGUGUUUGGCGCCCUCGCCUUUCAGCAUGUGAGCUCUGGCUCAGACACGGAAGGAUUUCUCCUCGGAGUUGUGAAGGGAGAAGCGAAGGAUAACAUCACCGAUUCUCAGAUGAGUGAUGUACAAGUGGUUUACACAAUCGAUAUCCAAAGAAAUAUACCUUUCUAUCAUCUGUGCAGGUUUUACAGUGGAGUGGGUGAAUUGAACACGCUUGCAUUGCAGAAGCUACUUGCUGGCCAAGAAAAGGAUGUGAUUGGAUGGUAUAAAUUUCGCCAUAACUCCAUACAGACCAUGAGUUUCAGGGAAAGGAUUUUGCAUCGUAACCUUCAGACUUACCUGUCCAAUCCGGAGCUAGUCUUCUUAUUAGUCACAUCCAGAUCUACAACAGAAACAAAAUCCACUCAUCUCAUGGAGUACACGCUACAUAAACCCCAGGAUGGUCUCUUUCAGAAAGUGCCUCUAACAAUUUCCAACUUGGGGUUGUCAGAACAACAGGGAUACAGUACUUUAUUUGGAUCGUGUGUGUCUGCUGGAUUUAACCGUGCAGUUGGAAAUCACAGAGCUGAGUUUUUUAACGAAGAUGGCACUUUAAAGGAAGUGAAUAGAAUCACUGCUGUGUGCACGAGUCUACAGGAGGAACUGAAGGAAACUUGCAGUCGUGUGACAGAAAGUGAAUGUUCUGUAGAAAAACUCUUACAGCAAGUUAACCAGCUGAAGAUGCAAAUAGCUGAGAAACGGCAGCUUCAUAAAGAGGAGACAACUUCUGCAAGUCCUGAAACAAAUCUGUUCCUGUGUCAGGCCUUCCGCAAGUUCUUCCCUCAUUCUCCUGUUCUCCAGUCCUUCUCUCUCACUCUGAAUGGAGAGACUAUACCUCACAUCUGUGAUGUCAGCCAUAACCUCUGUGACCUGACUAAUCUUACCUUAAAAACUCAACCAAGUGACCUUAUCGAAGUGUCUAUGCAGAAAGCAGGCAAGCAAAAAAGAGCAAGUAAAAAAAGGAAGGCUAGUGUGCUGAGAAUGAGGACAAGAGGAGCCACACAACAGAGCAGUAGCGCGGAUGACAGAGUACUGUUCAACAGUGGCACAGAAACCGACGACUCUGAGCGCCUGAAAAUGGACUGGACCGGUUCACAUUCCCCGACAUUUUAGAGAUCUAGUAAGAAGUGGGACUGUUCGGGUCAUGAGAUGUGAACUCAUCUUUGUUCUUACAUUGCAGGUUUUGUAUUUCUUUUAUGCACAUCACAUGUUCUUGUUGCAAUAGGGUUAUCCGGUUUGUUCAAAUAUACUGAAGUGAUUGGUCUUUU